AUGUGCAGUCUCGAGAAACGUGAAAAUCUAUGGAUCCUAACCAUCACCGGCGACGAUCAAAACCGCCUCAAUCCAACGCUAAUCGACUCCCUUCUCUCAACCAUAACAAAUCUCGCCACUCAAUCAUCUCCCGGUUCCGUCCUCAUCACCACCGCCAAAGGCAAAUUCUUCUCCAACGGCUUCGACUUGCUAUACGCUCGCGCCGCCGGCUCCAAAACCGCCGCGGCCGUUCGUCUUCAAUCAAUGGUGGAUUCUUUUAUAUGUUGUGAUGUAUGUCACGGAUCCGCAGAUGCAAGCUCGUUGAGAAUUGCUGUGUUAAAUGAUACUGAAUGUCGAGUUGCAUUUGAUUUGAAGAUUAGGGAAUGGUUGAUGCUGCUUUCUUUUGAUCUGAAUCUUGCGGGUCUCAAAGGAUUUCAGGAUGUCGUGGAUUCGGAGAUGGUGCAAAGUGUUGUCGGUUUAGCGUGA